AUGAAGUUCGCCAUUGCCUCCCUCUUCCUCGCCGUCUCCGGCCUGAUCAACGCCCUCCCCGCCUCUGAGGCUGAGGCCGAAGUUUCCAACUUAUCCGUCAGAGCGAAAGCCGGAGAAUCUUGCAGCAAGUCCGGUAGUGUUACCUGCCACGCCAUAAAAGGCCAACCGAAAACUUCCAUUCUCGUUUGCUCCAACGGCAAGUGGAAAACUCAGAGCACUUGUGCUAAGGGAACCUCGUGCAAAUACGAUAGUGGUAAGAACUGGGCCUGGUGCGGGUAA